UAUUAGUGGUGCUAAAUUUAAUGUUAAGAACACUAAGAUAGUUUAGUUAAAUUUUCCAUAGAGUUUCUGUUAGAUCGUUUUCUGGUGCAGUUGAAGUAGCUCCUAAGGAUGUAUGAUACAUAUAUUAAUAUGUGUAGGAAAUAUUAAAAAUCUUACAUUCAGAAUCAAGAGACAUUUUUAGAAAUGUGGCCAUCAUAGCCCAUGUUGACCAUGGAAAAACAGUAAAUAAUUGAUAUAAAUUUGAAAGACUCUUGUAGAUGCUUUAUUAAGGGCUAGUGGUUGUGCAAAUGAAUAUGACUCAAUGGAUAGCAAUGCAUUAGAAAAAGAGAAAGGAAUUACUAUUCUAUCUAAAGUGACAGGUGUAACUUUUGGAGGAAGCAAAAUAAAUAUUGUAGAUACUCCAGGACAUUAAGAUUUCGGAGGAGAAGUAGAAAGAAUUAUGUCAAUGGUUGAUGGUGUAUGUUUAUUAGUAUGUGCAACUGAAGGACCUAUGGCUUAAACUAGAUUUGUGUUAUAGAAAGCUUUAUAAUAGAAUUUAAAACCUAUUGUCAUUAUUAAUAAAGUAGAUAGACCUUCUGCUAGACCUGUAGAGGUUGAACAUGAGAUCUUUAAUUUAUUUUGUGAUUUAGAAGCUCCAAGUGAAUCACUUGAUUAUCCAUUAUACUUUUGUUCUGGGAAAGAAGGUUGGGUUAGAAAAGGAUCUAUGGAAGCAGAUAAAUAAGGAUUAGAAGAUGUUUUAGAAACUAUUGUAGAAACUAUUCCACCACCAUAAAUUGGAAAUGAAACCAAUUUCAAAAUGUUAGUAUCUUAAUAAGAAAGUCAUCCUUAUUAUGGUAAAAUAUUAAUUGGCAAAAUACAUCAAGGAGAAGUUAAACUUAAUGAUAAAAUCCUAGCAGUUGAUUAAAAAGGAAAAUUAGUUGAAACUGCUAAAGUCUUAAAAAUUUUAAGAAGAUAUGGAAUGCAAUAAUUAGAAAUGGCAAGAGCAGUAGCUGGUGAUAUUGUAUAAGUUGCUGGAUUUAAUAAUGCUAUUGUUACUAAUACUCUCAAUGAAAUGGGUAAAAAUGAAGUUAUACCAUCCAUUCCUAUUGAUCCACCAAUGAUUUCAGUAUCUAUUGGAGUAAAUACUGGUCCUUUGGCAGGAAAGGAAGGAACCAAAUUAAAUGCUUAAUAAAUUAAGGAUAGAUUAUUAAAAGAAGGAUAAAGCGAUGUUGCAUUAUAAGUUUUGGUUAAAGAUAAAUCUGAUGAUAGUGCUUGUGUAUAAUUGUUGGGUAGAGGAGAUCUACAUCUUGCUAUAUUACUUGAAAAUAUGAGAAGAGAAGGAUUUGAAAUGUAAGUAUCACCUCCUCAAAUUGUCACAUAGAAAUGUCCAGAUACUGGGAAAACAUUAGAACCAAUAGAAAAAGUAUCAAUAGAGAUUGAUUAACAAUAUAUGACUGGCUUGAUUGAUAAGAUGUCAUAAAGAAAAGCAAUUUAUGAAGAUUGCAUAAAUAUUGAUAAAACUAGAGUUAAGCUAAUAUUCUCAGCACCUACUAGAGGCUUGGUUGGUUUAAGAGCAGAAUUAAUUAAUGAUACAAGAGGAACUGCUAUUAUGUAACAAUAAUUUUUGGGCUAUCAAGAAUUUAGAGGAACCUUAAAAAAGAAUUUAAAAGGAGCCAUCAUAUCAAUGGCUGCAGGAAUUUGUUAAGGUUAUGCUCUUGAAGAUCUUUAAAAAUUUGGACCUUUGUUUGUAAGACCAGGAUCCAAAGUUUAUGUAGGCCAAGUUAUUGGAGAACAUAAAUUAGAAUAGGAUAUUGAAGUUAACCCAAUUAGAGAAAAAAAAUUAACUAAUGUUAGAACAGUAUUAGCUGAUGAAAAAAUAAGUUUGUUCCCACCUAAAGUAUUUAGUCUUGAAGAUGUCAUUGCUUAUAUAAGAGAUGAUGAAUUAGUUGAAGUUACUCCUAAAGAUCUUAGAAUUAGAAAAAAAGAACUAGAUUCAACCCUUAGAAAAACCCAGCGUAAAAACCAAUAAAAAUGAUUAAUAAUGCGUAUUAUAAUUUUAUUUUUU